UUGUGAGUCUUGAUUGUGAUCUUGAAUAUUUUUUUAGUAUAUUCGCUCAGAGUAAAAUUGGACUUCAAUUAUUUUACAAUGGACAGUCAAAGAAUAAGAAGUGGUACGCCCAACCGUCAAAAAACCGAUGAAAAAGCUGCUGCACUCGAUUCAUUACAAGAGAUGUUCAGUGGCUCACUAGAGCCUUCAGUUGUCAACUUAAUUCUGUCGGAAAGUGAUUACAAUGUUGACGAUGCUAUUGAAAAGCUAUUCACUCUAGCAAAUACCAAUCCUGUAACGCAGAGUAAACUAGAUGCACACAGAUCAUCAACCACUGAUAAUGAAUGCAUACCAAGAGAUGGUAAUACAAGGAGUGGACGUCCUACUGAUACUAAAAUGGUAUUAUAUGAUUCUAUCGACGAUAUUGGUUUGGACCAAGGAAAAGAAUUCCACGGGUCAUUUAAUCCAAAAGGACAUGUCCAAACUGGAGUUUCACAUGUUGGUAAAAGGCUUGUUGAUUCAGGUGAUACUCUAGUAAAUUCUUGCAUCAGCUCUAGUUCUGAAACACAAAAUCACGGCAGAAAAAGAAAAGAGGAUGUAAAUGAGUCAGAACUUUCAGAGCCCUUCAAACAGUUCAUGAAGAAUUUUAUGUCUGCAAACUCAAAUUCAAAUGAAUGGAGUUCCACCAAAAGUGUAAAUCAAAUAGAGCACAGCAGUCAUUCAAAUACUGGAUUUAAUGAAAUGGAUUCAAAAAUGCCACAAGAAGAAAGUAAUGGGUCUAAUUUAAAAAGAACGUCACAAAGAAAUAGUGCUAAAAGUUUGAAUGAUAUAAGUAAAACUAGUAAUUCAGCAAUGAGCUCAGGAGAAAAGAUGAAAAAUGAAUGUUCAACAACUCUUCCAUCAUGGCCUGAUACAAAACAACUAGAGCAUCAUUUUCAAAAUGAGCAUCAUCAGCCCCAGUUAUGCACAAACGUUUCACACAAUUUCAAUGGUAUACCACAAGCUCCUGUGCAAUGUCAUCCCCAAAACAUAAGCUUUGUACCAAAUAGUAAUUUCAGACCGCAUUAUCAGCAGUUCCAGCCAAGAACAGGAUAUUUCAGUGCACCCUUUGUAAACCAAGCAUUUCAUAUACCUAGAUUAAGAUACCAGGUACCAAGGCAACCAGUCAGACAUUCUGGUCCAGGAAACUAUGUGAGACAUCGACCAGGCUAUGCUUCACCACAAUUCAGGAAUACUGCAUUCAUGUUACCUAGUGGAAAAGUGAUAGUAAUUAUGCGUGGUUUACCAGGAAGUGGCAAGUCUUCUUUUGCCAGGGCUAUCAAAGGAAAUGGUGUGAUAUAUUCUACAGAUGAUUAUUUCAUGCGCAAUGGACAAUAUCAGUUUGAUAUUGCUUAUUUAGGUGAAGCUCAUGAGUGGAACCAAAUACGAGCAAGAGAAGCUAUGAAAAGUGGGAUAUCACCUGUCAUCAUUGAUAAUACCAAUAUACAGGCUUGGCAGAUGAAACCUUAUGUAUCUAUGGCACAACGACUUGGUUAUGAAAUAAUACUCAAGGAACCAGACACUUCUUGGAAAUGGGAUGCCAAAGAAUUAUUCAAGAGAAACCAACAUGGCGUAUCAUUAUCUCAAAUAAAGAACCUUAUGGAGCGCUAUGAACAUGAUUUGACUACUGAACAUAUUCUGAAGUCAACUUCUUCUGAUGCAAAGCCAAAAGAAGAGAUACAACAGAACAUACAACAGAAAACAGAUACCAAGUUUGGAUUAUGUGAAUCAAGUGUUCACGAAGAAAAACCUGGAAAAGUUUCAAAACAACAAGUGAAUUCAGGUCAAAAUGAAAUAAGGAAACAUAUUAAUGAACCUAAACAUAAACAUAAGGAAAGAACUGAAGAAAAGCAACCAAUGACCAAACAAGGCAUUCAGUUCAGUGACAGAAAGCACAACACCUCAAGAAACAAUACUGAAAAAAAAGUAAAUGACUUGUCAGCUCUACGUAGCCAUGGUAGUAGAUCACCAGUUGAAGAGUUUGAACAGUACAUGGCUGAUGAAAGAAAAAUCUCAGAAAACAGUGCAAAACAUGAAAGGAGAAAUAAUGGUGAAGAGAAAACUCCUUCUCCAAAACCACAGAGGGCGAAAAGAGAAAGAAAGACAGUGGAAAAAUACCCUCCAUUAAAAGAAUCACAGCCACUAAGUGAUGAUAGUAUUGAAAGAGUAGGUAUGAUUAUAGGAUCAAGUGCAGUAAAAAUGAUAUCAGAAGAAGGAAGUGAACAAAGUGAUUUAGGAGAGUUGUACAAUCAACAAGAUAGCAUGGAAAGAGCCAAUGACCACACUGAAGAUCAUAAAUCAAUGUUGUUUAGGGAAGAGAGAGAAAAAGGAGGCUGUUUUCCUAGUGAUAACAAGGAUGUCACUAAAGAGAUUUUGACUCAGCAAAAGAUUGAUUUCAAGCUAAAGGCUUUGCAGGAAAGCGAUAUGGACAGUGAAACAGAAAACAAAUACAGUCAACUUAGCACUCGCAGUAUUAAUGAUGAUGCUUAUGCCAGUGAUGAUGAAGAGAGUGACGAUGUCAUUGUUGAAAGUGAUGGUGAUGAUAAAGAUGAUAUUGAUAACAAUGAUGUCAUAAAGCAAAGAAAUGGCACUACCAUUAUCAAAAGUUCCUGUGAUGUUGAUAAUAAAAUCAUAAAUGAUGUUUCAAGAAAGGAUCCCAGCAAAACUGGUGAAGUGGCUUCAUUAACAAAAACUACCAAAAAGACAGAAAGAGAAGAAAUGUUCAGCCCAUCUGCCAACUCCUCAGAAGACAGUGAAUCAGAUAUGACAGGAUUUGAGUUUCUGAAUACCUGUUUUCCAGACAUUGAUGACCAGACUCUAGUUAAUGUACUGUCAUACCAUGGAGGUGAUGUUAACAAAGCUAUUGAAACUAUCCUAAACAAUAUGGAAAGUUAUAUGGAAGAAGCAAAUCCAAACUUAGAUCCAGCCAAUGGGAACAGCUCAAGCUCAGAAAAUAAUUUUAGAGAUGACAUUCAUUUGAAGCCACCUCAGUGUGCUUCUAGUUCUGUGACAUUGCCAAACAAGGCCAAUCAGGGAAGUUUUCAGAUGUCAAUAGAACCAGCAGUAGCCUUUCAUCUGUUUGAGAUCUUUGGCCCAAUAGAUGGGGUCAAUGUGAAAGGAGAAUUUUCUGCUGAUGAUUUGAGUAUAGAUGUAGACAUGGAGUUUUCCAAGCUUCUUUAUCACCAGUGGAAGAAAUCUAUUCAGAAAAAGAAAGGACUUUCCAGUGGCUCUAGUGCACAGCAAUUUAGAUCACCAAAAUCACAAAGAAAACAGAAACAAAGGACAAGAUUAAACAUCCAUGAUCCACCUCCUCCGCCACCAAAAAGUAAAUCAAAGCCAACAGAUCUAAGGGAAAUCAUGCAUGAACAAUUGGCUCUGGAACAGAGUAGGCAUGAGCUUGAGAAACGAGAAUCAGACAACAACUUGGCAGUGGUUCUUAAAAGACAGAAACUGUAUGCCAUGUUUCCUGGAGUUGAUCCUUCGGCAUUAGAAGAGAUUUUUGAAGCCAACAGAUAUGAACUAGAGCCAACAGUAAACAUGGUUCAGGUAUCUUGUAACAUUCAAGCAAAACCAACAAUGUUGAUUCAAGAUGAGACAAAAAAUGAUAAUGAAGAAGACUGGAGUCAAUUUGCUUUCUUUCCUGAAAAAGAAGAGAAGAGCUUUCAGACACUAGACCAUCCUGACUAUAUGGACUUUCGUGGUGAAGCCAAUAUGCAUUAUAAAUUAAGAGAUGAAUGUUUUAAGAAAGCAGCUUUAGCUUUUGCACAGAAACAGGGUGAACUUGCUCAAUUUUAUGCUUCACAGGGUCAUCUUCACACAGAGAAGAUCAAAGAAGCAAAUAACAGAGCAGCAGCCAAGAUUUUAGAGCAUAAGAAUGCAGAUAAUAAUCCGUUUGUUCUUGAUCUUCAUGGGCUUCAUGUACCUGAAGCAUUGCAGGCAUUGGGGGAAAGACUUAAUCCUCCAGAUAUGAUACACAGACCCAAAUUCAUCUCAGUGGUUACUGGGAGAGGCUUACACAGCAAACAAGGCAAAGCAAAGAUAAAACCUGCUGUAAUAGAUUAUUUGCAGAGGAACAACUACAGAUAUGAAGAAAUGCAUGCUGGUCAACUAAAAGUAUUCCUAAAAUGAGUCUACUCCAACAAUGUAAAUACUGACACACUGUUAAAUUUUUAUACUUAUUUUGAUUGAGCAAAUUUUGAAAAUUGACAAAUCACAA